CGUUCAUCAACAACGAUAUGAAACGUGAUUCAGUAUGUUGCAUCUUCCUGGAUUGAUUAUCUAACCGUGUGCUAUGUUUUGAUUUCCAAUAAUUGACUUACCAACAAGAUGACAUCGUCAGACGCAGUGGUCAAGGGUGUCGCUAGAAAACUAAAAUAUUACUUUGACAUCAAAAGGUUGGAGGAUGGAUUUGACUUAUCUGGGGUAAAUAGCCCACAGUUGGAUCACCCUCCUCUUAAAUCGCGAGCUACCCUUCAGUAUGAUGGCCUACAUGAUCGAGCCCUGAAGCAUUAUUUCAGCCUACCCGAGGUCCGAUGUAAACUCACCAACAUGGGGCCGAAGAAAAACAAGGCUGGGGGAAAUGGUGAGCAGAGAGAGGAUAAAGUGAAACGGAAGCUGAAGCGGAGGAUGAACAAAUGCAAUUACAAGGGAAAUGGUGAGCAGAGAGAGGAUAAAGUGAAACGGAAGCUGAAGCGGAGGAUGAACAAAUGCAAUUACAAGAAACAAUUAGACGGUGAUGCUGCUCGAUUGAUGGGUAUACUGGCUACAAGUCCGUACCUACAGCCGAAAACCCAUCCCGCGUUUACCUAUGCCCAGACUGGAAGAGAUACCUCAGAUGUCAUCUUUCCUCUCCGGGGAAAUAAAAAAGCAUUAAAGGGAGGAUGGCCUCAGCUCAGGAGUGUCCCCUCGCAAAAUAUCACCCGGGGCGAGGCUCAGCGGCUGGUUAAUAUCGCAACCAAACUGUUAGUAGCCACGGAAACUGUGGAUAUCAUACAGCCUCGGCCUCCUAGUCCAAAGAGGGGACAGUCUGCCCCCAAACCAUUUGAGACUGAGAGGUUGCUUCCUGGGCUAGAUGAUCAGCUGGUAUAUAUCCCAGUAGACUCUCCAAAGGCCAAUGAUAAGAAAAGGCCAUCAACAGCCAAAUACACCUGGGAUAUCCACGGCAGACGUCACACGAACGAAAAGGAAAAACUCAGAGCCUAUGAUGACAGCUAUUCACCAAAACAUUCAGCCCACCACACCUCACCAGAUAAAGGAGAACAAAGACGGGUGAUUAUUAAGAAAGUAGUGAAAUCCAAACCUGCUUCCACCACAACUACAACAACUAGCCAACCUGAGAAAUCAGAAAGAUCCUCAAGGUCAGAAAGAUCCUCAAGGUCACAGAAAUCAGACAGAUCAGAAAGGUCAGACCGUUCACCUAAAUCGGACAGGUCUGGAACAACGGGCAGGUCACCAAGGAGGUCAAGGUCACCGGACAGCAUAGCAUCCACCACAGACAAAAGUUCCAGUGACAUAGGGACAAAAACACCUAGUACUGUAAGUGUGAAGGGACAAACAAAACCUGGCACUCACAAGUCUACUGUGAUACAUGUACGUGACACAGACAUCCGGGAGGAAGUCAAAGUUAGCCAUUCUACACAAGCAGGAGACAGCGUCAGCAUACAAACCGAGACCAACAUGAUUGUCAACUACAAUCCCCUGGAUCAAGAGAUCAAACAAGGUGACUGGGCUGAGUAUCAGAUAUAUGUUCGGACUGGCAACAGGACUGGAGCUAGUGCCAGCACCAAUAUAGAGGUCAAACUCACAAUGUAUGGGGAUAAGGGCCGCACAAAGGAACGUGUCCUGCAAGACUCCAAACGACAUCUGGUCAUGUUCCAGAGGGGCAAGGAGGAUCUUUUCGUAUUAGGAUGCCAUCACGUUGGAAAACUUCGUCAAAUCAAAAUAGGACACGACAGGACCUCACUACGUGAUGCCUGGUACUUAGAAGGUGUUACAGUGUAUGACAUGCAUGAUAAGAGAAUCUACGAGUUUAACUGUGAGCGCUGGCUGUCUGCCCACGACGGAGACCGGAAAACUUACAGAGUACUGGAGAUGGACAGGGACCGUGCUUUUAUAGAAGCAUUACAUGGUGAUGAUGAUGAUAGUAGAAGUAGUACGGGAUCAAGGUCGGAAUCAGAAACAGAAUCAACUACACCCAGAGGUAGGCGGCAUCACGAAUCGAAAUCCUCCAGUAGCUCUGUGCGAGUACGAGGCGGAAAGGACAUUAAGUAUCGUAAAAAGGACUUUGAUCGGGGCUCAGACUCGGACAGUAGUUACACAUCUGAUAGUUCUAGUGAGCUGUCUACAGAACGCACCCCAAAAAUUCGACCUUUAUCCCCUCUCAGGAAACCAGACCAAGAUGAAUUUUUUGAUAACCGUGGUUCGGGACCUACAUUCCUAUUCCGUGAUGGAAAAGGAGGACCUCCAAAGGAGACGGACUCGGUGCGUGCCAAUAUUUCCAUAGAUUCCACUACAGAGACCUCAGAGGACACUGGCAGCAGGGCGCGAGAAGAUUUCCUCGAAGGCUAUAAGUCACCAUCAAAUAAGGUAGGACUGAGGGCUGCUGAGGAGGAUUCCAAGAUGAAGACAAGUGAGGAGGUUGUGGAGAGGAAGCGAGUGCUAACAGGGCCUACGAUCCACGAGGCAGCUCGGGCAGGAAACCUAGCUCGAGUUCAGGAACUACUGCAGCACUAUCCAGAAAUGAAGGAAUCAAAGGAUGAGAGUGGGCGCACACCACUGCACCUCGCAUCCACAGAUGGUCAUAUAGAUGUUGUCAAGUGGCUGGCCAUUGGAGAAUCCAAUCUAAAUCUGGAAACCCCCACUGGUUAUACAGCGAUGCACUUGGCAGCCAUGAAUGGGCAUGUCAACUGUAUGAUGAUCCUGUUUGCUCUGGGAGCGACCAUAUCUGUGAAGACCAGCGAUAAAAAGACUCCGUUAUAUCUGGCGGCCAUGAAGGGUCAUCUGGAGUGUGUCAAGUGGCUUAUUGCCAACCGAGCACGCUUUGAUAUAGUAGACGACAUGGAUCGGACACCUCGAAUGGUCGCUGAAGACUUUGGACAUCGAGAUGUUGCAGAUUUCUUAAAGGCUUGUGAGAAUGAAAUGAAUGAUCCCAACAGUGGGUUUGCCCAGAUGAGGGCGACAAGCAAGCUUGGCCCUGGCGGUCUUCAGACUAUAGAGGAGGACUCAAACUCCUCCAUCAGUCAGGAAGACAGGACAUGGCAAGACGACAAAGAUAAUAACUCGGACAAAGCUGGUGUUGGCAGUGAUGGUGGGUCCCAACGAGAGAAAUCAGCACGCACUAUUCACAAAGAAAAGGAGACGAAGAAAAAAAUCUACGAAGAGCAGCAUCAAAAAAUGGAAGAAACAGGAGAUUCCUUCUUAGAUAGCAUUCGUCAUGAAUUUGAUACAAGACCGGAGCCAUGAUAUGAUACAUUUAGAUGUAAUGGUCACUUUCUUGACAUGUGUUAGAAAACUGCAGGUGCUGCAUUUUGAUACUGAACUUUGAACUUUGAUCCGUCCUCAAUGAUUGGUCAGCAUGUACACAUAGUGGUCCUGAAGUGAACAUUGUGACCUAUUUAUUUUUAGUAGUUUUAAAGAUUUUACUAUUUUUCUACUGUUAAUCAAGGACAUACCGGUAUUGGUAUUAAUGUCUUCAUUAUAAACCAUGCUUACAAUUGUAUUUGCUUGUUACUGACUCAUCUAUAGGGAAAUUCUAUUUGAUCAAUAACAGUCUGUGUUAUCAAUUACUCAAUCAGAGAUUCAGUGGCUAGAGACAAACUAGACUACUGUGUGACUAGAGACUACCUAGACCACUCUGUAGCUAGAGACUACCUAGACUACUCUGUAGCUAGAGACUACCUAGACUACUCUGUAGCUAGAGACUACCUAGACUACUGUGUGACUAGAGACUACCUAGACUACUCUGUAGCUAGAGACUACCUAGACCACUCUGUAGCUAGAGACUACCUAGACCACUCUGUGGCUAGAGACUACCUAGACUACUCUGUAACUAGAGACUACCUAGACUACUCUGUAGCUAGAGACUACCUAGACUACUCUGUAGCUAGAGACUACCUAGACCACUCUGUGGCUAGAGACUACCUAGACUACUCUGUAGCUAGAGACUACCUAGACUACUCUGUAGCUAGAGACUACCUAGACUACUUUGUGACUAGAGACUACCUAGACCACUCUGUGACUAGAGACUACCUAGACUACUGUGUAGCUAGAGACUACCUAGACUACUCUGUGGCUAGAGACUACCUAGACUACUCUGUAACUAGAGACUACCUAGACUACUCUGUAGCUAGAGACUACCUAGACUACUCUGUGGCUAGAGACUACCUAGACUACUCUGUGACUAGAGACUACCUAGACUACUCUGUAGCUAGAGACUACCUAGACUACUCUGUGGCUAGAGACUACCUAGACUACUCUGUGACUAGAGACUACCUAGACUACUCUGUAGCUAGAGACUACCUAGACUACUCUGUGGCUAGAGACUACCUAGACUACUAUGUAGCUAGAGACUACCAAGACUAGAGACUACCUAGACUACUCUGUAGCUAGAGACUACCUAGACUACUCUGUAGCUAGAGACUACCUAGACCACUCUGGCUAGAGACUACCUAGACUACUCUGUGGCUAGAGACUACCUAGACUACUCUGUAACUAGAGACUACCUAGACCACUCUGGCUAGAGACUACCUAGACUACUCUGAAAGUGAUUUUGUUGGAAGAAUGGUGAUCUUUUGUCUACAGUAAAUUAGAUGUAUGAGCUUUGUUUGUAUUGUUAUUAUGUAAUAUUCAUCCAGCAACUUUGAUUUCUAGUAUAUCCUAUAUAUAUGUGAGACUGUGAUAUCUGCCUUUUACCUUAGUGGUAUGUAUACCUGUCUGAUAAUGACUGUUGUUGUGUCCCCGUGCGUGGUACACAGACAUCUUUGUUUUUAUGUUUUUGUGCCAUAUUAGAUCUAAUUACAGUGUAGGCAGAAAUAUUUUAGCGGUAUAAUAUUGAGUGAGGAUAAAGUGAACCUAGGAAGACACCCACCUUACCCCCAUCCCCCUCGGGGCCUUUGGAGGCUAAAUUGGGUCAAUUAUAUCAAUUUGACUGUAUUUGGUAUAAAGGACUUCUUAGAACAAAGCAAUUUUUUUAUAUACAAACUAAAUUAAUUUGGAUCCUUAAUUGGGAAAGUGGUAAUCAUAUAAUUAAGAUAGGAGUUUUUGUCAUAUUUGAUGAAAUAUCCAGGCAAGGGAUACAGGCCCUCUGGGCCUCUUGCUAGGUAUAUGCGAUAUAGAGCGAGGUAUCAAGGCAAAAAUCCAUUGUUACAAUAGGUGCAGGGUAUUUUUUGUUAUUUACUUUGUAGCAUUUUUAUGACACAUUUUAAAACGUAAUUAUCGAUUAUUGUAUUGUAAUCUAGUGGCUUAAUUUGUAUUGUUAUAAACUAAUAAUAGUUAUGUUUGAGUGGUGUCGAGACAAGGUUACAGUGGGUAAUAUUACGGUAACUAUGGUUACUGAUUUAUUGGUGUGUACAUUUCACGUGUUCAGUUAGAACGACUAAUCAAUGCUGCCAACACUUGUCAGAGAUGGUAUCCAGCGUGUAACUCAUUAUAUAGGCGUGCUCUAUUUUAUGUAGGUUUGUCAUGUCAUUAUGUAUGACAUAUAUCAUGUAGGCAUGUCAUAUGACAUUGUCAUGCUUCCUGAUUUGUCUUUUGCUUGAAAGAGUUAUAAACUGUAAUGAUAUUAAUCUUGUUAAUUUUAGCAUUUCAACUUAAUAUCUAUGUUGAUGAUGGCAUUAUAAUAUUUAGAAAUUUACACAGACCGAAAGAAUGAUAAUUUAGAUUGUUUAUCUUACCAAAAUGUAGUGGGUUUUUUUAUUAACCGAAUUUGUAUGUAUACAUACACCUGUGUUUGUUAAAUUGGUAAAGUAUUAUUAACACUUAAAAAUGCUCAUGGAGUUCUCUUUGAUAUUCCUUAUUACCCAGUAUCCAUAUUUAAACACAAUUGUAUUGACAUUUAAAUUUUAAAGAUUUAUAGAUUAAUUUUGUCAAUUUCAAAUCUAAUUGAUGAGGUGAUCUGUACACUGUUAAGAUGUAGUGACGGAAGCCAGCCAAUUUAGGCACUGUGUACUGGGUUUGAUUAUGGUAUAAAAUUCUUCAUCAUUUUGUGGAAAAACUACAGUUGUGUUUCCAGUAUUGUUUAACUUCAUUUUAACUGGUAUUUAAGUAUGACUUUUUAGGUGCUGUGAAACAAAUACAUUCGGAACUCUCGAGGGAAUCAAAAUGUUACUUAUUUCAUUGAUAAAUCCCGAUGAGUUCAGGAUGGGACCGGAAAUAAUUUUUCCCAAAAAAUGCUAACAACACACUAGACAAUCUUUUCUCCUUCCAUGAAGUAUUUAUUUGUGAUUUAGUAAUAUGAUUCACGCUUUUUAAAAAUAGAUUACAGAAGAACAGCUUAAAUCGUACACAAUGACCUGUUUUAUCUCUGAGUAAUCCGAACUAGUUUCUGUGCAAAUAUUAUUACGACAUCUUCCUGGUUAGUGGGAGGGGAGGUAACUUGUAAACACUCUCGUUGCUGCGACAUUGGAAAGUCAUCUCAAGCUCUUGAGUUGAUAAAAAUGGCCCUCGGCCGUCGAAUAGUUUUUAAUCGCGGAUUUUUAACAUAUUCCGAUAGCAAUAAAGAGGUUGCACCUUUGAAAUCAGUCGAUUAUGAAAUGCUUACACAAAGUAUAUAAUAUGAACGUGCGAUUCAACAAGUCACCGAAACAGAUAAGGUAGGCCAAUGUUCAUUGAGAACAAAUUAAAUUUCCGAGACGAAAAUUGCCAGAUCUCUAAUCAGGAUACAGAUAAGUUUUUACACGGAGAGACAGCAGUAAAUUGAGUACAAUUUAAGCAAAACAAAAUAAACUGGAAGAGUAAUUCACAGGAAUCUUAUAUAUAGGGAAUCGCAAUGUGUUUCUUUUAAGAAACAUGACGGACAUCACAGAUUAAUCAUUCUAAGAAUUAAACUCAAUCAACAUAGUAUGCCAAUUCAGGUGAGGAUUAAAAACGUAAUUCUUCACCAUUCAUCACAACUUUAACGCAACCACAGCCAUUUUAAAGUAAGUAAAAUUCCUUAUAAUGAGAUAGGAUAAUCAUCAGUAAAACAUUCAGGAAUGCACUUAUUAGAAAACAAUAAAAAUGUCCUCUUAUUAUAUGCCAUUUUAUAUUUAUAUAAUAUUUGCUUUUCUCCCAUAUUUCAAUCCCUCAUGCACAACACCUAUGAGUGGCUUUGACACUUUGAUUGUUUACAUUUAUAGGAAAUCUGCAUGUGUGAAAGUGUCCAAUACCGAAAUAAAUGAUUUUGGUUUUGAUAGAAUCUAACAUAGACAUAUAUUAGAAAAAUAUUUUCAAAAUACUGAAAACCAUCACCCAAGAAUCUGACUGUUUUUAAAUCAGGUACUGAAGGAAAUCUUCGUAAACUUACAAUCGGUUAUAACAUGUUACUUUGUGUAAAAUGUUUUCACGUUUAUGAAGUAGUUCACACAACUUCAUUAGAAAUUUUUUUUUCAAUUAUAAAGAUUAACAGGCCUCGUAAUUAUGCUUGGAUUCAAAUAACACAUGCUACCAACCUUACAUCAUGCUUUUUGUUAGACUGUUAGAAUUAUUGAUGUGAUUUUCAUGGAUAAUUUUUGUAUAAUUUGUCACCAUUUUCCUGAUGCAUAUAGAAUGCCUGUAUACUAGGUCUGUGUCGGCGUGUAUGGGUAUGUACGACUGUCCUGUAGUUAUACACAGACAUUAGUGACAGCUUAGGAGCUAAACACUGUCAGAUUUUAUGUGCUAGAGAGAUACUUUAACUCUAGAUAUGAAAUAAAAUAAUGCUAUAUCA